AUGAGUUUUUUAUUACAUGUCGAAUUCGAUGCAACGUCAGAAUCAACAGCAACAAAGAUUCUCGAAUGUUUAUCUGGUAUGGCUGAUAUUGUUCAUCGUGAUUAUCCAGAAGUAUAUACAUAUGUAUUUCGAUAUGCUAAUGAAAGUAAAAGAAAACUUAUUUUUACUGAAAUAUAUGCCAAUGAACAAGUAUUUCUUGAUCAUGGACGUGAUCCAGAAUUUGGUAAAUUUUUACAAAUAGGUUUCAAUCCUACAACAGGUAAAAGUCGAAAAGAAUUAUGUAUUAGAAAUGAUAUGAAUACUCCUUUAUCACAAUUAACUGCUAGUAUACUUGAUAAUUAUUUACAUGUUACUUAUAUUCCUGUUCAACAAGGAUUUUUUCAUCGAAAUUUUAAUGAGAAAAGCGAAAUGAAUCUUCUCAUUUUAUGUCGUGGAUGUGAUGAAGAUGUUUCUGAACAAUUGAAUACACUUGUUAAUUGUGUUACAUCUAUUACAUUUGAAGAAUCGGAUGGAAAUAGACAACUAAUUGCUGUUAUCACAAAUAUUUCAAAUGAAAAACAAUCGAUAAAACAUAAGAAAUCUUUGAUUGAUACAAUUGAAAUAGUUUGUUCGAAUGAAGAAACGAUCCGAAAAUUUAAAAAUAUUAUUGAGAAUUAUUUUCAAAUUCAAUCAAUUCAUAUUCAAACAAGUUUUAGUGGUUAUAUCCGUCAUAAAUCUUUCUUAUAA